AUGACCAAGACACCAGUGGCUCCUUCGCCAUUCGAUAAGAAUGCGGACGUGGAAACAAACAAAAUCGCACCGGGGAUGGUCCAGUCGUCUUCACGAAAUGAUCAAAAGUCGCUGAAGGAUAGGUGUCUCGAGCGGGACAAUUAUCGUUGUGUGGUAACUGGUUUUUAUGACCCUCUAGCUGAGGGGAAAGUUAGUAAAGAGAUCAUUGGUGAUCGCGUACUGCACACUGAGCUUGCACACAUUAUCCCAUUUUAUCUGGGCAAGUACAAACCUCGCGAUCAGGAGACAGACAUUACCCGCUCCUGGGCUACUUUACAUAUCCUCUUUCCAGAGAUUGAAGACGCGAAUUUCGGUCCAGACAACAUCAAUGAUCCUACGAAUGCCAUGUCACUCGUGGCCACUCUCCAUACGGAAUUCGGAAAGUUCAAUUUUGCGCUAGAACCCACUGAUAAGGAGAAUACUUAUGUGAUACGAACUUACCCUGAUUUCCAACUCGGAUUGAUCCGUGAUCUGCCUCUUCCAGAUGAGAAGAACGAGCGCCUCGUUAGGUUCAAGCAGCAUAGCGACUGCCCUCUUCCUAAUCCAGAUCUCUUAAAGGUCCAUGCAGCAAUCGCCAAGAUCCUUCAUGCCUCAGGAAAGGCUGAGGAUAUUGAGAGGAUUCUUCGCGACCGGGAGGAGAUUCGAUGUCUGGCGCCUGAUGGGAGUACAGAUGUAGAGAGCCUCUUACUGGUAUGGUAA